AUGAAGAGAAAAGUGUCCGUUUCAGAAAUACUAAACCACUCCGGUCCCGACAGUGCGUGGCUCGUGGUUGACGGCAACGUCUAUGACAUGACGGACUUUGCGUCGUCCCAUCCCGGAGGCCCCGACGGUGAGUGCCGUGACGAGACCGACUCGUCUGCCCUGCCCGGUCCCUUGGAACCUCCAAAGCCGUCUUUGCAGAUGCCAAAGACUGACGUGUUGUGUUGCGUGAGCCCAGUCAUCCACCAAUACUCGGGACGCGAUGCCUCGCUGCCCUACAAUCAAGUCCACGCACCGUCACUCAUCAAGUCGUCCCUCGAUGAGAGACUGCACAUAGGCACCCUCGACACGGCCACCAUCACGGAAGCAUGGACGGCGGCAAACACCCCGGACCCUCGGGCACUCGCUCAGCAGGCGGAAGCGGCCCCUUUAAAGCCCCCGCUGGAAGCCCUCAUCAGCAUGUCCGACUUUGAAAAGGCCGCUCGCCAGUCCUUCACCCGCAAGGCAUGGGCAUACAUCAACGGCGCCUCCAACGACAACAUCACCCGUGACAUGAACCGCGACGCCCUCAACAAGAUUUGGUUCCGGUCCGCCGUCAUGAGGAACGUCAGCGGCGUGACCACCAAGACAAGGCUGUUCGGCUGCGACCUCGACGCGCCCCUGUACGUGUCUCCCACGGGCGCGGUGCGGACCGCAGGCCAGGAGGGAGAAUUAGCCCUGGCUCGGGCCGCGGGCCCGUCCGGCAUCGUCCAUUGCAUCUCGACGCCCGCGUCCUACCCGCACGACGAGAUCCUGCGGGCCACGCCCGAGCACGCCUUCUUCCAGCUCUACGUCGACAAGGAUCGCGCCAAGUCGGCACGGCUGCUGCGUCAAAUGAGUAGAAACGCCAAGGUCAAGGCCAUCUUCGUCACGGUCGACCUGCCCGUAGUCUCGAAGAGAGAAGACGACGAGCGCCUCAGGGCCGAGAGCGCGGCCGAGAAGCAGGUUUCGCCCGGGAGGGAUCAGAAAGGCGCGGGCCUGGCUCGGCUGUCGGGCUCCUUUAUCGAUCCCGCCCUGACGUGGGACGACAUCCCGUGGAUCCGGAAGCACACCCAUCUCCCCGUCGUGGUCAAGGGCAUCCAGAGGUGGGAGGACGCCCAGACGGCGCUGACUCUGGGCUGCGAGGGCAUCGUGGUGAGCAACCACGGCGGGAGAGCGGCCGACACGGCGCAGCCAUCCAUCAUCACCCUGCUCGAGCUGCGCAGCAACUGUCCCCAAGUCUUUGGCUCCAUGGAGGUUCUAGUGGACGGCGGGUUCCGGAGGGGCUCCGACGUGGUCAAGGCCAUUUGCCUGGGGGCGUCGGCCGUCGGAAUGGGCCGGCCGUUCUUGUAUGCCGUCAACUACGGCACCGCCGGCGUCGCGCACGCCGUCGCAUUGUUGCGGGACGAGAUCGAGACCGCCAUGCGUCUCUGCGGCAUGACCAGUCUGAUGGACGAUGCUGGCCCCGACUUCCUCAACACCGGUGCAGUUGACCAUCUUGUGCAUCGCCAAUCGUACAUUAUUCCAUUCUCCCAUACCAUGUUGCCCAAGAACCCGGCCGACCCGUUCAAGGGUAGAAACAGCUGCAGCGGCCAAGACUACCAUCCCAACAGACACACGUCGACGCUCGCUCAAGAUCCAAGUGGAAGCGCGGCGAAUAUCCUACACUGCUGCCACGGCGCCGGCUAG